AUGUUGCAGAAAGCCUUCGGGGACCAUGCUUUGUCGGAAAGGAAUGUUUACAAGUGGUAUAAACAUUUCAAAGAAGGUCGGGAAAGUGUUGAAGACGAAGAGCGUUCCGGACGACCAUCAACCUCUACUGAUGAACAACACGUCAAGAAAAUCGAAGAACUUGUGCUUGCUAAUCGUCGAAUGACUGUUAGAGACCUUGCUGAUGCUGUUGGUAUUUCGAAAGGAUCUGCCAAUACCAUUUUGAAAGAUAUUUUGGGCCUGAAACGUGUAAAAUCUCGACUAGUGCCAAAAAAUCUCAAUUUCUUCGAAAAAGAGCGUCGCAUUAAUAUCUGUAAAGAGAUGCUUUCUGACUAUCAAUCGGUUAUGAAACGGAUUAUUACUGGAGAUGAGACUUGGAUCUAUGCUUACGACCCGAAAACCACCGACCAAUCCAGUGAAUAUCGUGCAAAAGGUGAAGCCAAACCGAAAAGAUCACGCCAAAGUCGAUCGAAAAUCAAGAUCAUGUUGACAGCUUUCAUCGAUUAUCGUGGUGUUGUCCAUUCAGAAUUCCUUCCACCCGGCCAAACCGUCAACAAAGAGUAUUAUUUGAGUGUUAUGCGUCGUUUGCGUGAAGCUAUUCGCAAGAAGAGGCCAGAAUUGUGGGCAAAUAAUUCUUGGUUUUUGCAUCACGAUAAUGCACCUUCUCACACUGCACUCGUUCUUCGUGACUUUUUUGCCAAAAAUUCGAUCCAUAUCGUUCCACAACCACCGUAUUCGCCUGAUUUAGCACCGUGUGACUUCUGGCUAUUCCCGAAACUCAAAAGACCACUGCGGGGAAAUCGUUUUGAGACGAUAGAAGAGAUACAACGUGAAUCGCUACGCGCUCUGAAAGCCAUCCCGGAAGGCGACUUUAAUUCUUGUUUCGAGGACUGGAAAAUACGUUGGCAUAAGUGUAUUGUGUCGGGAGGGGAUUACUUUGAAGGCGACGAAAUAGAUUUGGAAGAAUAA